AAAUUCCUACAAGAAUCCAAACUCGCCGUACACUGGGGCAAAAACGUGAUUCUCCAUCUGCGAAGAAGACAACGACAUUCGGAGGAGAGCGGAGCUGCCUGCCUACGGUUCGCAAGUUUCGGGCAUUUUAUAUAAGUUUUCUCUCGCCCCAUCACCAAACCAACUGAAACAAGGAAGGAGAAAGAAAGAAAGAAAAGGAAGUUAACGAUCUAAUUCUUCUUCCUUGGGGGAUCCUCUGAACGGCAGAGUUGUCGUCACGCAAUCCCCGUCGAUGGAUUUUGACAUGCAAUCCAUGGCGGCGGCGAUCGGGGUCUCCGUCCCCGUUCUCCGCUUCCUGCUCUGCUUCGCGGCGACUAUUCCGGUGAGUUUCUUCCACCGGGUUGUCCCCGGUUCGCUGCCCAAACACAUGUACGCCGCACUCUCAGGGGCUAUUCUGUCCUACCUCUCAUUCGGGUUCUCUUCCAAUCUGCACUUCUUGGUGCCCAUGUUGCUGGGCUACGCCGCCAUGGCCGUGUCUCGCGCUCACUGUGGAAUCAUCACUUUUGUUCUGGGAUUCGGGUAUCUCAUUGGCUGCCAUGUAUAUUACAUGAGUGGUGACGCAUGGAAAGAAGGAGGCAUUGAUGCCACCGGGGCAUUGAUGGUGUUGACUCUGAAAGUGAUAUCAUGUGCCAUGAACUACAACGAUGGACUACUGAAAGAAGAUGACUUGCGGGAGGCUCAGAAGAAAAACCGCUUAGUGAAGAUGCCUUCUUUGAUUGAGUACUUUGGUUACUGCCUCUGCUGUGGUACUCACUUUGCUGGUCCGGUUUAUGAAAUGAAGGAUUACAUUGAGUGGACUGAACGGAAAGGGGUGUGUGAACUAACUAAGUCUGGACCAUGGCCAUCACCGUUUUUAGCAACACUAAGAGCAAUUAUUCAGGCUGGUCUUUGCAUGGGUCUAUACUUGUACUUGGUGCCCUACCAUCCUUUGUCUCGGUUCACUGAUUCGGUAUACCAAGAAUGGGGGUUCUGGAGAAGAUUGAGUUACCAGUACAUGUCGGGGUUCACAGCAAGAUGGAAGUACUAUUUUAUCUGGUCAAUUUCAGAGGCUUCAAUGGCAAUCUCUGGUCUGGGAUUCAGCGGCUGGACAGAUAGUUCACCACCAAAGCCACGAUGGGAUCGUGCUAUAAAUGUUGAUGUUCUUGGUGUUGAAUUUGCUAAGAGUUCGGUUGUCUUGCCUCUUGUGUGGAAUAUCCAAGUCAGCACUUGGCUUCGUCACUAUGUCUACGAGAGACUCAUUCAGAAAGGAAAGAAGCCUGGUUUCUUUCAGUUGUUGGCCACACAAACUGCCAGUGCUGUUUGGCAUGGAUUGUAUCCAGGUUACCUCAUUUUCUUCGUUCAAUCGGCAUUGAUGAUUGCAGGAUCCAGAGUUAUAUAUAGAUGGGAGCAAGCCUCAAAGGGUUUAAUCAAGAAGGUUUUCGCUCUCACAAACUUCGGUUACACAGUUUUGGUCCUGAACUACUCGUGCGUUGGUUUCAUGGUACUAAGCUUGCACGAAACGCUUGCUGCUUACGGCAGUGUAUACUAUGUCGGAACCAUUAUUCCCAUAGCCUUGAUCCUUCUCGGUUCCAUAAUCAAACCAGCAAGGCCAGCUCGAUCAAAGCCCAAGAAGGAAGAGUGAGGUUAGAGAAAUCCGAGGGGAAAAACACAGGACCAAAAAUGCUUUGUACCAUUUCUUCGAUUUAGCCACCCUUGUUGAAGUUUCAUGUUAGCUGCUUAUCCCCCAGGCCCGGCUCAUACUUUCUUCUGCUGCUGUGGCUUGUCUGUAUUUCUUUCAAUUGAUGGAAAAACAAGGUCCUAGAGCUAGAAAUUGAGAAAGUAAAACCAAUUGCAGGUCUCUGCAGCUUCCUUCCACUAAUGCAUUCAGCAGAAAUUAUACAUCAGUGUUGGAUUGUGCUCUUUUGUUAUCCAUUUUUAUAGAAGUUAGUUCUCCAGAAAGGUCAGCAACUGUGUUUCUUAACUGGCAAUGCCUAGAUAAGUUGGUAUGAAUUGAUGCAAAGCAGAAGC